UAUAACACGACAAGCCGUAUUUUAUGAGGAAAGAACUGGUUGCUCUGACGACAGCGUAUUACGUCAAUGUUGUUUGCCUCGUGGCAAGAUCAAAUGAAGACCGCAGUAAUGGCACGUCAUCUUCUGUGCUCUUGGAUGCUAUCGCCAUUUUCUACAUCUUCUUCUUCGCAUUCUUCAAGAACCCAUUUUUUAUAUUUCAUGAGCAUUGCGUGAAUUUUUCUCGCUUUCAGUGACAUUAACAGAAGCAAACAAAAAAGCCAAAAUCGGUGUCACCGCUUUGAGGAAGCCGACAGGAGAGUUUGUUUCGCUUUCCCUUUCUCUUUUUGAUGACUGGUUUCUGUUGGGCAGGAUAAUCAAAGCUUUAAACUUCUCUUUCAAAGCGGAGUUCUUGCAUUUCUCAGCAAUUUCAUAUUUGGGUUGCCGACAUAUGGUGAUGGGAUAAAGCCCCAUGACAAACCCGUGUGGUAAAACCCGUUUUGGAUCCAUGCGCUAGAGUUUCAGACUUCUGGAUCAAUGGUCUGUUAUGUGAUUUGCUGAUCUAAGCUCUUGCACUUGCUCCAGGGAUAAAGCCUACAUAUAAAUCGAAAUCCUUAGAAAUUGAUCAAAAUUAGUGGUUUCGAGACCAUUAUAUUGAAUAUUGUGUGUGGAGCUUAGGGUUUAUCGCCAGGAAAGCUUUUUGCUUUGGUUUUCAGUGUAAUUGGGAGGAGAAAAAAUGGUUGAAAAUACGGAUGCUGCGAUCCAUAAUUUGUACUCGAAUGGGUCAAUUCAGAAUCACACCUCAAAUGGUGCUUUAGAAGAGAAGCUGGAUGAGCUUCGACGUCUCAUAGGCAAAGCAGAAGGUGAUCCGUUGAGGAUUGUUGGCAUUGGCGCAGGUGCUUGGGGGAGUGUAUUUACUGCUUUAUUGCAAGAUAGUUAUGGCCAUCUAAGAGAUAAGGUUCUGAUAAGGAUAUGGAGAAGGCCUGGCAGAUCAGUUGAUAAAGCCACAGCUGAGCAUUUGUUUGAAGUGAUCAAUUCCAGGGAAGAUGUAUUAAGGAGACUGAUUAGGCGUUGUGCAUAUUUAAAGUAUGUGGAGGCAAGAUUAGGUGAUAGGACUUUACAUGCCGAUGAGAUUUUGAAAGAUGGCUUUUGCUUAAACAUGAUAGAUACCCCUCUUUGCCCUUUGAAGGUUGUGACCAAUUUGCAAGAGGCUGUGUGGGAUGCUGAUAUUGUCAUUAAUGCAUUGCCAUCAACUGAAACCCGUGAGGUGUUUGAGGAAAUUAGCAGGUAUUGGAAGGAGAGGAUCACAGUACCAGUUAUUAUCUCUUUGGCAAAGGGCGUAGAGGCUGAGUUGGAGCCUGAGCCUCGCAUAAUAACUCCAACUCAAAUGAUCAAUCGAGCAACUGGAGUUCCAGUGGAAAACAUCCUCUAUCUUGGAGGACCUAACAUUGCCUCAGAGAUUUACAACAAGGAAUAUGCUAAUGCCCGAAUAUGUGGAGCAGAAAAAUGGAGGAAACCUUUGGCAAAGUUUUUGAGGCAACCCCAAUUUAUAGUGUGGGAUAAUGGUGACCUUGUUACUCAUGAAGUUAUGGGUGGUUUAAAAAAUGUUUAUGCUAUUGGAGCUGGAAUGGUGGCAGCUCUUACCAAUGAGAGUGCAACCAGUAAAUCAGUGUAUUUUGCACACUGUACAUCAGAGAUGAUAUUUAUCACACAUUUGCUGGCAGAAGAACCUGAGAAACUUGCUGGUCCCCUGUUGGCUGAUACUUAUGUAACCUUGUUGAAAGGUCGCAAUGCAUGGUAUGGUCAGCAGCUGGCCAAAGGGGCGUUGAACCUUGAAAUGGGUGAUAGCAUUAAGGGCAAAGGGAUGAUUCAGGGUGUCUCUGCAGUGAAAGCAUUUUAUGAACUACUAAGUCAGUCCUGCUUAAGUGUCCUGCAUCCUGAAGAAAACAAGCCUGUAGCUCCUGUUGCGCUUUGCCCCAUAAUGAAGAUGCUAUAUAGAAUACUUAUAACGAGGGAGUUUCCUGCACGGGCCAUUCUUCAAGUAUUAAGGGAUGAAACAAUGAAUGACCCAAAAGAUCGCAUUGAGAUAGCCCAAAGCCAUGUUUUCUAUAGACCGUCACUCCUGGGACAGAAACCUUGAUGAUGUAAUACCUACCGUUUGCAUGUUGUGUUGCCACUUGCCAACAGAUCCAUGUAAUAAGCUAUCUAAUGUAGUUCCAAUCUUCACAGUUUUAGGUUUCGAAGCUAAACUUUUUAAGAUAAAAAGGGUAGGUUGCAAGUUGGUUGUUGUGUUGUAUCAAUUCCUUUAUUUGUUGAGUUUGGCCUAUGCGAGUGCAAUGAACAGGCUUGCAUUUUAUUUUUCAGGGCUUGUUAGACUGUUUUUUCUUUUUUUUCUUGCACAUUGUUGUUAAAUAAAAUAUUUUACAUUUAUGUGAGACUAAAACCAUAUGAUC